UGGUCGAGGCAGAUAGUGGCUCAGAUCAAGGAACUUUACUGUGAGGCUUUGUGUUUCCAACCGUCGGGAGUAUGACAGUCAGCAAUGACAGAUACACAGUAAACUUGCUUCAUUGUGCACGUGUGACAUAGAACAGAGUCGCUCAAAUUCGGUGAAAGUGGAUUACAUGGACUGUGCACCGCACGCUGAGCAUGAUGAAUGUGUCUGGAGAGCUCUGUUGGCUGGCUUGUUUAAUCCUGACCGUAGACUUGACUUUGGGUUUGGGGCCAUACAAAGACAUGGAGUUUACAUUUCUAUUAUCUGCUGGCAGCACAGAGUGUUUCUACCAAACUACAGCGAGCAACGACAGCAUAGAAGUUGAAUACCAGGUGAUAGCUGGGUCGGGUCUGGACGUUGGCUUCGCCCUCGUCUCACCCAGCGGAUACCGGCUGGCCUCUGACUUCAGGAGAUCUGAUGCCGUUCACAUGGUGGAUCCCACAGAGGAUGGAGACUACCGGCUGUGUUUCGACAACAGCUUCAGUAAACUGUCGGAGAAGCUGGUGUUCUUUGAGGUGAUCAUGAACAGACAGAGCAGCAGUGCACAUGGAGGCCAAAAUGAGUGGGUGGAAGUGGCCAUGCAGGAAAGCAUGGUGGAGUACAAACUGGAGGACAUCAGGGUGAGGUUGGACUCUGUGCACCAGCACCUGGAGAAGAGCCGUCAGGUCCUGACCGUGCUGCGGACCCUAGAGGCGCGGGACCGCUACCUGCUGGAGAACAACCUGUGGCGCGUGUCCUUCUGGUCCUGCCUCAACGUGUGCGUCAUGCUCACCGUCGCCGUCACUCAAAUCUACACCUUGCGCCGCCUCUUCGACGUCACCACGCGGGUGCGCACACAGUCUCAACGCAACUUCACCUCCCGCGGAGAGAAACCUGCACGUGCUCACACUUGAAAGUUGGACCCGUAACCCUUACGUGACUUCAAGCCUCGUGAGCUGGAUUUGAAGGGACGGUUCACACUUUUGGAAAAUAGAUUUAUAAUUGUUUUGUGAUAUUUUUGAGUUAGUCACGCGGGUGGACAUCACAUUCACAGUUUACUGUAAUAUGCACACACCGAAACACAUGAUGUGCACACACAUACUACUCAUGAAUAGAGUGCAGCAGGGAUGACCUAUUUUUGUAGAUCCCGGAAGUUAGCAUCGCACUGGUUCCCUCCACUAAAAGAUGAUCAUUGGAUUUUGGAUUAUUGCAGAAAAUAAACUGUGGAAGAGAACGCUAACUCAUUUCCGGGUUCCGUGGAUUUAAGACUUAUUACUGCAGCAGUCAAUACACACACACUUAAACACUUGCAGCACUUUUAUUUGUUAGUCAUUCGCUAAACUAGAAAACCACAGCUGGAAUGUUUUAUUCAAUUUCAGACUACACUUCAAAAUGAACAUUUAAUUAUUUUAGGCUAAUAAUCAAAACAAACUAUAUCAAGAAAGGAAUAUCAGAAACUCAGCACAAUGUUUUAUUACUAAGCCCCAGGCUGUUUAAAAAAAGAGAUCACACCUAUAUCUUUACUGUGAUAAAAAACAAAAACAUCAUAAAAAACAGACAAUCUCCCUGAUCAGUUCAUUCAUCUGGAGAUUAAAUAUGCAGAAGUCAUUAAAGUCAUGCAGAUGGCAAAGCUAGUUUUGGCUUAAACAUUCAUUUCUUUGCCAUUAUUUGGAUGCAUUGCAGUCAUUUGGUUACAGUGGUAAAAUCAUACAUAUGUAUUGUGCAUUUCAAUCACUACUAUUGUCGUCUGUGUUGAAACCUCCAGGGACUGUUUAGCUUCAUCAUUAACAUUUUCUGUCAUAAAGCACAUUUAAUGGUCACGCUCCACCACGAGGAACGCAUUUUUCUGAACACAUGCUACAACAAUAAUAAAAAUCUAAUCUUAGACCGUCUUUAUGACUAUAGGCACUGUACCGUAUCUGGUUAGAAGUGCGCUUAUACUUUAUCUCUAAUUAGUUUUUGUUCAAAGAAAUAAUUGAGUGAGAGAUUGUGUGGUAUGAAGUAGGAAACUGAAAAAUAUCUGCAUUAGAUUUACAUGUUAAACUACAUUUCACGCUAUACAAACUUAGUUCUGACCAUCUGUGGAAAUACUCAAAACAUUUUAGUGCUUAGAACCGUUUGAAACAUUCACUGUCGACAAAAUAACGUCAGUUUGAUGCCUCAAUAACUAAAGUUUGCAUGUUAUGCUGACAGCACAGAUUACUGUAGCUCUGCAACAGCAUUGUUGGAGCUUUUGGUUGUGAGUGAAAUGAAAACAAGACGUAUAGUCCUUCUGUGGUCCUGCUGCUGUCGUGGAUUGAAGUCAUUUCACAUCCACCUCGGGCUGAUCAAGGUCACCACUGGUUUCGACGGGGAGCCGGGCGCCUGUUCAGGAACAAUCAACCAACAUUAAUCUCUCAACCCGUGUGACAUGAACACUGCAGGAUCCCGUCCCUGGAACAGCUCAGGAGAUUGUAAAUGAGGCAAUCUGUUAGCGAGAGGGCUCAGAGGUCAUCCGCCGCUCUGACGGGAGAACAUGACUAGACACACAAACCUGGACUUAUUAAUGAAUGCUGUACCCAAAAAAAGACAACUGACAUCUUCUACUGGAAUUUUUGCGCAUAUUGAUCACAGAACUGUUCUGAAACAGUGUGAACAUCUUAACAGAGACUCUGUCUGCAUUUGGGGUAAACUAGAUAGACUGUGCCUGUAAAAUCAUCCCCAUCCCCCUGGAAGUUUGAAUGUUUCUGUGUCUUACAACAGUGAAUUGAAGUAGAUCUACUCUCACUGCGACAUUAAAUCUACUUUGACUCAACGCUGUGAGAUGAAAGAUUUAAAGUGUAAAUGUUGAUUAAUACACAAGAGCAACAAAAGGCUGUUACUGUGAUUUUUUUUUGGUUCAUUUUGUGUAAAGAACAGGGACCAUUGUUUGAGCCUCUCUACGCCAGUCAAGGGUCUAUACUGGUUUAGAUGUAGAGAGGGAGGCAAGGGAAGAGAGGAAAAAUGCUACUUUAUCAGCAAGAGAGAGAAGAGCAAGUGGAUCACACAGGA